GGCGGCGGCGGCGGAGCCCCGCCCCGGGUCGCGGGUGCUCAGGGGCGUGGCUGUUGCAGAGCAUCUCAAAGCCCGCUGGACCGCGCUUUGUUCUGACUCUGAGAUCCCCAACCCCCGACCCGAUCCAGCCCUUGGCUUCCCGCUCACUCCUUCCGCCCACUCCCCGCAUCUGGACUCAGAUCCUCUUCCCCAACCGCUGUGCCCCGGAUCCUGGAUCCUAACCUCCCCCUCCCCCAAACUUCCCGCAGGCGCCCUUGCCUGGUACCCUUCUCUCCAUUCCUCCCUCUUGCAUCCUCUUCCCCCUUCCUCUCUCGGGUCCCCUCCUUCCCAAGGCCGGGGAUGUCCCCCGCGGCCCCGCGCCCAUGGUCCUGACGCUGCUCCUCUCCGCCUACAAGCUGUGCCGUUUCUUCGCCAUGUCAGGCCCGCGGCCGGGAGCCGAGCGGCUGGCGGUGCCAGGGCCGGAGGGGGGCGGCGGCGCGGGCCUGUGGUGGGCGGCGGGAGGCCGCGGGCCCCGCGAGGUGUCGCCCGGAGUGGGCACCGAAGUACAGGGCGCCCUGGAGCGCGCGCUGCCGGAGCUGCAGCAGGCGCUGUCUGCGCUGAAGCAGGCGGGUGGCGCGCGGGCUGUGGGCGCCGGCCUGGCCGAAGUCUUCCAGCUAGUGGAGGAGGCCUGGCUGCUGCCGGCCGUGGGCCGCGAGGUGGCCCAGGGUCUGUGCGAUGCUAUCCGCCUGGACGGUGGCCUCGACCUGCUGCUGCGGCUGCUGCAAGUGCCGGAGCUGGAGACGCGCGUUCAGGCCGCGCGCCUGCUGGAGCAGAUCCUGGUGGCUGAGAACCGGGAUCGCGUGGCUCGCAUCGGGAUGGGCGUGAUCCUGAACCUGGCGAAGGAACGCGAGCCCGUGGAGCUGGCCAGGAGUGUGGCGGGCAUCCUGGAGCACAUGUUCAAGCACUCGGAGGAGACGUGCCAGCGGCUGGUGGCGGCUGGCGGCCUGGACGCCGUGCUGUUCUGGUGCCGCCGCACCGACGCGGCGCUGCUGCGCCACUGCGCGCUGGCGCUGGCCAACUGCGCGCUGCACGGGGGCCAGGCGGUGCAGCGGCGCAUGGUGGAGAAGCGCGCGGCCGAGUGGCUCUUCCCGCUCGCCUUCUCCAAGGAGGAUGAGCUACUGCGGCUGCACGCCUGCCUGGCCGUGGCGGUGCUGGCAACCAACAAGGAGGUGGAGCGCGAGGUGGAGCGCUCGGGCACGCUGGCGCUCGUGGAGCCGCUUGUGGCCUCGCUGGACCCCGGCCGCUUUGCCCGCUGCCUGGUGGACGCCAGCGACACAAGUCAGGGCCGCGGGCCCGACGACUUGCAGCGCCUCGUGCCUCUGCUCGACUCCUCGCGCUUGGAGGCGCAGUGCAUCGGGGCUUUCUACCUCUGUGCAGAGGCUGCCAUCAAGAGCCUGCAGGGCAAGACCAAGGUGUUCAGCGACAUCGGCGCCAUCCAGAGCCUGAAGCGCCUCGUUUCCUACUCCACCAACGGCACCACAUCGGCCCUGGCCAAGCGUGCGCUACGCCUGCUGGGUGAGGAGGUGCCACGGCCCAUCCUGCCCUGCGUGGCCAGCUGGAAGGAGGCCGAGGUCCAGACGUGGCUGCAGCAGAUCGGCUUCUCCCAGUACUGCCAGAGCUUCCGGGAACAGCAGGUAGACGGUGAUCUGCUGCUGCGGCUCACCGAGGAGGAACUCCAGAACGACCUGGGAAUGAAAUCGGGCAUCACUCGCAAGAGGUUCUUCCGGGAGCUCACGGAGCUCAAGACCUUCGCCAACUACGCCACAUGUGACCGCAGCAACCUGGCCGACUGGCUGGGCAGCCUGGACCCGCGCUUCCGCCAGUACACCUACGGCCUGGUCAGCUGCGGCCUGGACCGCUCGCUGCUGCACCGCGUGUCCGAGCAGCAGCUGCUGGACGACUGUGGCAUCCGCCUGGGAGUGCACCGCACGCGCAUUCUCACCGCCGCCAGAGAAAUGCUGCACUCCCCGCUGCCCUGUACCGGCUGCAAGCCCAGCGGGGACACACCCGAUGUCUUCAUCAGCUACCGCAGGAGCUCAGGUUCCCAGCUGGCCAGCCUCCUGAAGGUGCACCUGCAGUUGCACGGCUUCAGCGUGUUCAUCGACGUGGAGAAGCUGGAAGCAGGCAAGUUUGAGGACAAACUCAUCCAGAGCGUCAUGGGAGCCCGCAACUUCGUGCUGGUGCUGUCGGCCGGGGCCCUGGACAAGUGCAUGCAGGACCAUGACUGCAAGGACUGGGUGCACAAGGAGAUUGUGACUGCUCUGAGCUGCGGGAAGAACAUCGUGCCGGUCAUCGAUGGCUUCGAGUGGCCUGAGCCCCAGGCCCUGCCGGAGGACAUGCAGGCUGUGCUCACCUUCAACGGCAUCAAGUGGUCCCACGAGUACCAGGAGGCCACCAUCGAGAAGAUCAUCCGCUUCCUGCAGGGCCGCUCCUCCAGAGACUCAUCCGCAGGCUCCGACACCAGUCUCGACGGUGCUGCACCGAUGGGCCCGGCCUAACCCGGCCCCAGGUCCCCAGCCCCGCUGUGACUGGCACUGCCAUUGUCCCCACCUCAAACGGGCCACCUGGGCUCGGACAGCCUGAGCUCUGCUCAGGUAAUGGCUGUCCCUGUCCCUGUCCACAUGGCCCAGCUCAAUCCCACCUGGCUCAAUGUUGGGGGGAGGGAGCCAGGCACUGGUGUGGGGCCUCCCACCUCCCCCAGGCCUGGCCAUGAGGUCCUCUGUCUUGGCAUGGGGAUGGUCCCAGCCCAGUUCUGGAGAUACAGGAGGUGGGGCGGGGGCUACCGCAGUCUCCCUCCUCCUGCCCUGACAGCAGGCAGCUUGAGUAGGGGGAAGGGUUUAUAGGGACCCCAAGUCCAGGUGCUUGUCUUCCUGUGUGUGUGACACAGGAAAGCAGGACUUACUGAAAGGCAAAGGGACACAGACGUGAGGGCGGCCAACCCCAGGAGGGAGAACUGCCCCCAUUCGGGCUGGGGUCGUCCUUUUUAUAGGUGGGGUGGUGCUGGAGCAGGGCCUGAUGGAGUGCUCCAAGGAGGCAGGGUUUGGGGCGGGACUGCAGCACACGUGGCGCGUGGCACCUGCUGUGUGAUGGAACUGAGGCUUGGCUGCAUGAGUGGGUAGGCCGAGCCUUCAGCCAUGUUGAGUCAGUACCGAGAGACGGGCCUUGGCCUGGGAGUGUAGGCAGUCCUCGGCUCCUGUGGCUACCUGCCUAUCCGUGUCAAAGGUGCACAUCUCGCAAGGUCCUGGGCAAGGAGACAGAGAUGGGAGGCCAGCAGUGGUUCUCCACCCAGACUGUGCCUGGCCCCUGGGCUCCCUGCUUCCUACCAGUCUGUGGCCUUGCAUCCUAACCACUCGAGGCCCCUCUCAGCCUGGCGAGGUCCCAGACCUCCUCCCAGUCUUCCACUGGGUCAGCUUCCUCUGCCACAUGACUCAAGGUUGGUCCUCACUCUGGCUGACCUGCAGCUGCACCUGGCUUUGCUGCACUCGCUGGUGCCCAGGAGCCUCCUGCUUGGGCCUGUGUCUGGGCAGGGGAAGCCAUAUCUCAAAGCCCACCUAUCCCAUGUUUUGGUGCUGUGCCUCUGGUUCCUGCCUGGCUUGGCCCAGCUGGCUUCCCCAGACCCUCACCCACCUAGGGCUGCCCACCACUUGCUCAGUGGGGAAGGGGACCAGGCAGUCCCAGUAUGGCAAUCCCUGUAGCCUGAUAGAACCUAGGAUUGUCACCUAGGGCCAUUUCUCCACCUUGAACGUGCAUUCCAACAGCCUGGGAAUCUUUAUUAAAAUUCACUCAGGAGACUCAGAUGGGGCCUGAGAUUCUGCAUUUCUCACAGAUUCCCAGGUGGACUGACACUGGUGGUCGCAGCAAGCCUCUAAAACAUGAACAGCCCCCACACCUGGCUAUUUCCCAAACACCCCACUCGAUCGUCUCUAUUUUCAUCCCACCAACCCCAUCUGCUAUUAGACCCCCACUCCACGGGUAAGGAAAUCGGGGUUCAGAAAGGUUGAGUGUUCUGUCAUUAGUAGGCAGCCCCAGGUUCCAGAACCAAGUCUCUUGGUACCCAGGCCACUGGCAGAGGGUCUGCCCUCCUGAGAAUCAUCCCAGAGGCUGCGUCCCAUGCAGAGCCGCUGCUUCCCCCUGGCCCAGAAAGUCGAGCGAUGGGGGCUGCCUUUAGACACACAGGGCUGGCGCAGGGGCCUCGGGUCUCCCCUCCACUGAGACGGAAGGACGAGAGAGCAGCCCCUGCAGUCACCCCUGCUGGUGCACCGUGCAGCUGGCCGGAGCCUGCCCCGCCUCUCCCCUCCUGGGCCAGCUCAGCUGCCCAGGUCAUGCCUGGCUCUCGGGCCACAGCAUCAAAAAGUCAAAGGUCCAGGCUCAAGGCUCCUUCCUUCCACUCCCUGCCCGUCAGGUACAGCUGAGCCGGUCCCAGCCCUGACUCUGGCUGGGACUACACUUGACCUCCUUCCUUGCGCAGCACGAGCGUCCUCGUGCCAGCUUGGGGCUCAGCCCUGGACGUUGCCCUCACUGGGCAGUCAAUAGUACAGCGAGUGAGCCAGGGGAAGCUGUCUUUUUGUCCCAGUCUCUUCCUCCUGAGGCCUUCCCCGGCAGGAUUCAGGUUUCCUGGUUUCUCUGUAGGGUACACUGCUGUGCUGCCUCUGUCUCUGGCAAUUAGCACUCAGCCCCCACCCAGAGCAGCCCAAGUACUGGGCCUCCCGCAGCCACGCCAAUACUGUUCAGGAUGACUGCCCCGCCACCCCCACCCCUGCUGUGACAAACACUGCUCAGGUCACAGGCAGGGCAUGCACCUGACCCCCCGCGGCUGACCCUGAGACUCAGGGCUCAGCAGCAGCCUGUCCCCCAAGGCCCGCUGACACAGGUCUACAAAGCCAGGAUUUUCUGCUUGGCUGGGCUAUAGCUGCUGGCCCUGGGCUGGGGCUGAGUCAGCUAGGUCCCUUCCCCACCUCUCCGCAGGGGCCAAGAACUGCCCAGGAACACUCAAAGUCCAAAAGUCCAGUCGCAGUUCAUUCUCCCUCCAGGACAUGUCUCGGAGCAUCACUAAUCGGGUUUCUUGUGCAGGAGUGGUCGCCAUGGUCCCGCUGAUCUGGCCCUUCCUACAGGGGCCUGCCCAAGGUCUCCCAGCCAGAGCACGAGGCCAGCUCACACCGCCCCCCUCUUCACAGAAUCCCAGUGGUCACUUAGGUCUCCCAUUUAUGGUUGGGAGGGGGCAGGAGGCUGGAAAUGGGCCUGGGCUACAGAGACCCAGCUGGCCCUGGCUGGCUCUGGGCUGCAUGAUUUCCAGCUGGAAAGCUGGCUGGUGGGGCAGGUGAGAGAGAGAGGGUAGAAGUGGCCGCGGGCUCACGUUCAGUUAAGUACUGCCUUUCAGCUUCAGGUGGAGACCUUCCGAACUGCCUAGAAAUGGGCGCUCCAUCCUCCAGGAAGCUGGGCCCCUGCAUCAUGAGGAGAAUCAGGGCCAGCUCCCAGGCUCUGCUGAACGGAGGCCCGAGGGAUGGCCUCAGCACAGCUCUGCUGAAAUGCCAGGAGUGGGAGGCGCUGCAGGUGCUCCUGCCUGGGCUGGGGUGGGGGGAAGCCUGGCACAGGUGAGUCAAGGAAGGCUCUCACUGGCUCUCGGCAGCAGGCAGCGGGGCCUUCCCCUCCUGCAGACGAGGCCCAGGCUGUCCAUACCCAGUAGCAAUCCCAAGGGCAGCUCAGGGGCUCCUGCCCAGCCCAGCAGCUUCUGUUGUCUGACCUACGCCAGGCAGAUCAGGAGCAAGAAAACAAGCCCACUGCCCUGGGGGCUGGAACGUCUGAGCCAAAUGAUUUAUUGUGACAAAUGGCGCUGUUAAGCCAGGGUUGGGCAGGCAUAGCCUAGGGUUGGUUCCCAGCCAAGCGACAGCAGCGCUCUCCUCCAAGGGGCACCAGAUCCCUCCCACAGCCGUCCUCUCCCCAGGGCUGCCACUGGCCAGGCUCUGCACCCUUCACUAAGGAGUGACAGGUGGCUGCUGGGCACACGAGGGACCUGGGACUGAGGGCUGUACGGUCUGCUAGGAGGAGAGAUGGCAACCUCAAGCUUCACCAGGUCCCUGAAGUGUCACCUCCAGCAGGAGCUCUCUGCUCCCCGGAGGGGUCACCUUAUGCUGUCCCCUGUGGGAGUGGCCGGUCCAGAUGCUAAUCAGAGGCUGGCUUAGCCGUGGACAGGUGGUACUUGAGCACCUCGUCCAGGGGCAGCACCGUCCUUUGAAGGGAGCGCCAGCGCUGCUGGGCUCCUGGAGGCAGACUUCCACUGCUUCAGGUUCACUCUGGCCCCCUUGCCCUCUUGUCUUCUGGUCCGGGUAGUUCGGGGCUCUGGGGAAACUGCUGGAAUUCAAGGCGAGAACUAGCCUUUUCCAGUAUCCUAUAAGAGACCAGAGAGGGGUUGAGAUUUGACAAGGGGGCCCCUCAACUCUUGUCUGGAGAAGAGACAGGGGCCUUACUUGGGUGGGCUGGUUCAGGCGGCUCCCCCCACCCCCCAAGCGGUGAGGUGGAGGACAGUCCCAGACCCCAGACACAGGGAACUCCGAGAAGGAACUCUUAAGAUGACAGGGGAACAAGUCAGCGGGCCAGCCCAGCCACAACCAGCAGAGGGAGCUUUCUGGCUUCCCUUUAGCCCGGUUCUACCACCACAGGCCCUGCUGUAAAAUGGGAACAGAGAGGGAUGACGCAGACAGGAGGAGGGAACACGGCCUUGUGGUCAGCAUGAUCCAUCCUGCCCUCUGCCUCGGCCUUGGGCCUUGGCCCCCGAGGCAUUACACAGCUAUGUGCAAGGGACGCAUCAGCCUGGGAUGAGAUACCACCAGGGCACGGGUUCUGGGAGUGAAGCUGCCUCUUCAAGGAUGCAGGGGGUCUCUGAGGAUAAGGGGUUCCCCAGGAGCGCUCACUGGUCAGGGCCCUGCCGUACCCAAUCAGAGUGGCCGGGAUGAGGAGGAGGCCAGCUCCCAGGAGGAAGGGGAAGCCCUUCAUGAAGUUCAGCGUGGCGGGGUAGAGAGAGUUGAAGAUGCCGGAGGCCGUGAGCAUGGCCAGGUUGUUCACACAGGCCACAGCAGAGAAGAGAGCACCUGUGAAGAAACGAACACCGCACUCCGGGGUCUGAAAGGCCCAGCUGUCCACCCCAGUACCACGGCCUCGGGGCUGUGUGACCGGGGCAGUCACUUCUCCUUCCUCCCCUGUAAAUACUACCACAUCAUGUGUUGGGAUUCCAUAAGGCCACUCAUGGGAGGCACCUGGCCCAGAAGGGCUGCCAAAUACUUGGUUGUUAUUAAAUACACAUUAAAAGCAUGUGUGAUCUCGUCUAACACAA